CAGUAGGCAUGUGUUCCACUUUCUGCUUUAACAUUUUUACCAUAGACAGUGUUGAAAGCACUCGGAGUAGAAAAGUGACCUAUUUAAAACCAAUUUGAAACCUAUGAUCUUCGAGGGGCAUGAAGAGAUCCCACUGCAGGAGGGAGAUUAUUGAUUAAAUGACAUUGCCCUUCUCUUUCAAAUAUAUCAUGGCCUUGCCCUUCUCUUUCAAAUAUAUCAUGGCCUUGGACAAUAAUCCAGCUAUUAUCACGUUCUGAUGAGUCCUCAUAAAAAAGCACCCCAAGCUGCCACAAAUGUGGUAUGACUUUUAACCUGUGCCCUUUCACCCUUUACAAUGCAGACAUGGACCAAGCUCAGCCUGAGACUUCAAAUCUUUUGAACACACUUUGAUAUGCCUACUUGUAAUACAGUGUUCUGCCUUCUAGUGUUAUAAAAGGAGCUGAUGGGCAACUGGUCAACAGUCACCACAGUUGAGGGCAACUCAAGUCCACUCUCAAAUCUGCUUGCAAGCCCGUCAGAACCGAGAUAGAGGAGUAGGAAUCAUGAUCUCCUUAUACACUAUUAUAUUCACAAUGGUGCUGUUUUCUGAGUUUAGCACCCAUUCUGUCAUUUUAGCAGUACCUACAAGCAAGCUGAAUGAGGACAAGACAGAGGCGGAGAGCUUGAUCUCGAUACUAGGCGAAGACACGAGCGACAGCGCUCCGGCUGCCCUAAGAUUCAGACUGGAGCACAUCCCUGAAAAUGGACUGGAUCUGGGGGACGAAGAAGGAAACACAAAGAUCUUCAUCCUGUCAGACAUCGGUCUGAAAGGGCACACCAGACGUGGCAUGAACACAGCCUUCUCUCGAGCCCUUCCCGUCCUCCCAGACCGAGGCACAGAUCACAAUCCUGCUGAAUAUAGCCUGAAAGUGGAGCGCAGCGAGUCCGACCUUGACAUUCUCCGCUGCAUGAUAGGACGCGUGUAUCGACCCUGUUGGUGACCCUGAGAAGUGUGGUGGACCCUACGUUGCUGCACUGUCAAUGGAUCGCCCUGAAAGCUGCACACAUCUGUGGAAUUGCUUUAAAAACAAACCUGUA